AUGACACAUGUGCCAUAUGCUAGUGUUAUGGGUAGUUUGAUGUAUGUCAUAGAGUGCACGCGACCUGAUAUUGCACGAGCAGUGGGAUUUUUAAUUCGCUUUAUGUCUAAUCUUGGCAAGGAGCAUUGGAGUACUGUAAAGAGGGUUCUUAGAUAUCUAUGUGGGCCCUCAAAUUUAGCAUUAUCUUAUGGGGGCAUGGGAGAUGAUCUCUAUAAUAGGCGUGCUACAAGUGGGUAUGUAUUCUCUUUAUUUGGUGGUGUUGUUUGUUGGAUGAGUAAAAGACAAAUUACUGUGGCUUUGUCAUCAACUGAGGCAGAAUACAUGGCAUUGACACAUGCUGCCAAGGAAGUUAUGUGGCUUCGAAGAUUGAGUUUAGAGCUUGGUUUCAAGCUUGAUGCUGUGAAGAUAGGGUGUGAUAAUCAAGGGGUGAUAAGAGCUUGA